UAUUUUUAAAACGUUACAUCAAACAUAACCUAAUCACAACAUACAUAUUACACUUCCAGUCUAAAUUAUUCGUGAUUAUUUCAACACUUUAUAAAAAUGGGGAGUAAAUCUGCAAUCGCUAUCGCAGAGAUUCGAGCACAAGCUGUUGCAAAGGAAAUUGAAAGAAAACAGAAUCUCAUGAGGUUAAAAUGGUUCGAAGAGAAUUACGAGAGAGUAUAUUUAAAUCCAUCACUACCACCUGAGAAAGUACCUAAGAAAGCUGCUAUUUUGUAUGAGGAGCUGAGAAAUCGGAGAAAGGAAAGGUUUAAAACAGAUAGAGAAAUAAGAGCUAAAGGCUUAGCACAGCCAAAAUUUGAAGAGGAGAAAAAGGAAGUGAUUUUAGACCCAAUGUAUCCUGUCGCAAAAGAAGUCAAAGAUACGCUCUACAAAGGAGUGAGCCAUGACGAGGAGGGCCGCUACAAGUAUCUCACGCUGCGCAACAAGUUGGCCCCGUAUGACAAGUUCCGCCACAAAGAUACGUCAGGCUGGGAUUACGGUUGGCAGAUGCACGAAACUGCGACACCUCCAUGUAAACUGUACAAUAUCAGGAGUUGCUGGCAUCGUCGAAUGAACGGAGCUCUCAAGACUGACGAUCUUCAGAGACGACCUCCCAACCCUUCUGGACACAUCUCCUUCCCUUUCUUGUGAAACAACUUUUAAUCGAUAGUACUAUUCAUAAACAUGUUUGUAGCUACGUAAAAGUAUAUUG